UUAUUCUUAUUGAAAAUCCCGCUGUUUAUCCAGGAAGUCCACGAUCUGCUGAGCGACUACGAGCUGAAAUACUGCUUUGUGGACAAAUACAAAGGGACUGCGUUUGUCACCUUGCUCAACGGGGAGCAGGCAGAAUCAGCCAUCAAAAAAUUCCACCUGAGCAAGCUCCGGGAGAAGGAGAUUUCGGUGCAGCUGCAGCCCACAGAUGCCCUCCUGUGUAUCGCCAACCUUCCCCAGCUCUACACCCAGCAACAAUUUGAGGAGCUGGUCCGACCUUUCGGCAACCUGGAAAGGUGUUUCCUGGUCUACAGCGAGAAAACGGGACACUCCAAAGGUUAUGGAUUUGUGGAAUAUAUGAAAAAGGAUUCGGCGGCCAGAGCCAAGUCGGAUCUGCUGGGGAAACAGCUGGGCACGCGGACUCUCUACGUCCACUGGACGGACGUCAACCAGUUGACGUUAGACCUUCUCCAUUCCAAGUGCUUGUGUGUUGACAAGCUGCCCCACAACUACGCCGACCUCGAGGAGCUGCGACAGGUCUUCUCUGCCGCCUGUGCCCCGGCUUUUUGCCAGCUGGCCUACGGUCAGGACGGGCAGCUGAAAGGCUUCGCGGUCCUGGAGUAUGAGUCGGCGGAGAUGGCAGAGAUGGUUCAGCAGGCUACAGAUGGUUUGCCGCUCGCUGGGAAUCAUGUCCGAGUCUCCUUCUGUGCUCCUGGCCCUCCCGGCCGUAGCAUGUUGGCCGCCCUGAUAGCCGCGCAGGCGACGGCAUUAAAUCGUGGGAAAGGGCUCCUCCCCGAGCCGAAUAUCCUCCAAAUUCUCAACAGCCUGGGAAAUCCUGCUUCCCUCCAGCUGUUGCUCAACCCCCUGCUCCACGGGGCGGUCGGAGGAAAACAAGGAAUCCUCGGCGCCGCUCCCUCCGUGCCGCUGGUGACCAACCCGGCCCUCUCCACGGCUCUCCUCCAACUCGCGCUGCAGAACCAAACCCAAGUGCAGCAGAAGCCGGGGAUCCUGGGUGACUCGCCGCUGAGCUCCUUGCCCCACCACGGUGCCCUGGGUUUGGCCAACGCGCCGGCGCAGCCCCCCAGCCAGCUCUUGGGAGAGCUCUCCUCAGGUGGCCCCUUGCCCGGUGACAUGGCACAGGGACAUGUAAAAUCACCAAUUUUGCCUUCUGGAAACGUACCCUUGGCUUCUUUCCUGGGACCGGUGGGAGUAGAUCGGGAAAAUGCAGUGUUGGGGACGCAGGUGCCUCAGCUCACCCCUCCCGCCGUCACCCCCCCAGCUCUUCAGGGUCUCACCACCUCCAUUUUGGGAUCCGUCAUCAGCGGUCUCCAGAAACCAAAGCAGAGCGAGAAUGGACCUCCCGCCUCCGGGGUCUCGCUCCUGGGGGAGCCCCCCAAAGAUUUCAAGAUUCCUCUCAACCCCUACCUGAACCUGCACAGCCUCUUGCCAGCAAACAGCCUGGGAGGUGCCGCCAACAAAGGGUUUAAUCUGAAAGCCGGCGUUUUGGGGAGCGUUUCCAAUCCCCGGAUCUCCCAGCCCUCCCUGGCCGACCCACUCCUACCCUCACCUGGGCUGGCUGCAGAUGGCUACGCCUUUGAUUACCAGCCGGUGGGUGCACAGCAGGGGGGUUAG